GUGAAUGCCCAUUUUUCACUAUAAAAGCUACCCGGCCUAGCCUCAAAUCGUCAGUCAACUCGCAUUUAGCAAAGCAAUCUCAACUAAGUCAACUUUUGUUAUCUAGUUAACAAAACAACUCAAACUACCAAAAUGUACAAGCUGUUCGUUUUCUCGUGCUUGAUCGCCGCUGCCGUCGCCGCCCCAGCCCCAGGAGUCGUUGUUGCCUCCCCAGUUGUGCACGCUGCUCCAGUUGCCGUUAGCCACUCGUCCUCGCACGUCGUGCACCACGCCCCAGUCGUCAAGCAUGUUGCCGUUGCCCACCACACUCCAGUAGUUGCCGUGCACCACGCUCCAGUCGUCAAGGCCGUCCCAGUUGUCCACCACACUCCAGUUCUGGCCAAGACCGUCGUCGCUUCCCCGGUCGUGCACUCCGUCCACACCCCAGUUGUGCACUCCGUUCACCACGCCCCAGUCGUCCACCACACCCCAGUCCUGGCCAAGACCGUUGUUGCCGCCCCAGUUGUGCACUCCGUCCACCCCGUCCACGCUGUCCACUCCGUCCCAGUCGUCAAGAGCGUCGUCGUCCACCACUAAAUCCCAAUCCCCUCCCCCAAAUAUCCCACAAAUAACCAACAAUCCCACUGUAACCUGAGAAAAGCAAAGACUAGCAACGAAUACUCCUCCUGAGAAUACGGAAUCCGAACGCACUACAAGGAACUGCAAGAUAGAUUUGUACAUAGAAGAACACCCUCAGUCUCUGUAACUACAGUUUACCUUUUUCAAGAUAGAUAAACCAUGUAAAGAACAGUUUGAGUCUAGUAGAACAAUGCGAAUCAAAGACAUGCCAAGAAUGAAAAAAAAAAACGAAUGACAACUCAAAAUACACGCAACAUUGUUGAAAAAGUUUAA